AUGACGAGUGUCUCGUUUGGUGGAAGUGACUCCCAAUUUCAGAGUCUUGAUCGAGCCCCUGGUUAUAGCGAUGACAUCAGCGCAUUUGCUGAUGCUGAGGAUAAUGAAGACGAUUUCAUAGAUUUAGAUGAAGAAACAUACGAGUACUUAACAAAUCAUUAUUUUCGUGCGGGUCAUGAUGAUUGUGAUGAAUAUACAAACUUAACCACUUUCCAUGGAAUGAUUGAACGACUCAAUUUGGAUAGAGCAAAGUGUGUGAGAAACUGGAAAGAAAUUCAAUGGAUUCCAGAAGACUCCAUACCAGAUUAUCACUACUCACUGAAAUUUUGCGAGCGGAUACGUUAUGAACUCACCGGAAAAGUGGAAUACAUGCAAUACGAUUUUCCAUGUCACCCUGCCUGUUCAGAAACUCAAUACAAAAUCAGUGAUUCCAAGUUAAUUCAUAACUCUGAAUAUGUUGCAAUCACUUUUUCAGUCAUUCCUGAAGUUACAUAUAUGCAGGAAACAAGAAAAACAACUCUAGUUGAUAUUUUAUGUUUCCUUGGAGGUGCGAGUUCUCUAUUUAUGGGUUGCAGUUGUGUGACAUUGAUGGAGAUGUUUGUGUUUUUAUUCAAACUAGUGACUAACUCGGCGUGUUCGGAAGAACCACCGGUCCCGGAUGAUAGUUUCUAUGAAGAGAAAUAUCGGUUCGAAUUCUCUGAUCACAGAAACAAAAGAAGGUAUGCGAUAUGUGAUCGAGAAACUAUGGAGAGGUAUCUUCUUUCUAAUAACAGUAUGGAAAUUCGAAGCAUAAAUUUGGACAAACGAAUAUCAGUGUUCAGUCACAGUGCGAUCAAAAAAGCUCCCAAACUUAGUACUCUUAAAGAUAACCGAAACUUUGAGAAUAUUGAUAUUUUCGAUGAAGGAAAUCAAAUAGAAAGUGUGAAAGAUGAAUCUUCUGUGAGCCCGAAAGAUGAGUACUCUGUAGAUUAUCAAGAUGAGAGAAUGGACACUUUGGGAGAAAUACCGGUUGAAAACAAACGACUUUUGAGGCCACCACUGCGUCGAUGUUCCACUGCCACUUCAUUUGCAUCUCAUACAUCAAAAGGAUCUUCCUCCUUCACUACUCGAUCUUCCGCCCCAAUGACACAAAAUCGAAGGAUGAGUAGAGCAUUCACUAGGAACAUGCCAAUGAAUGACUUCUAG